AUGGGCCUGCCGUGGGAGAUUAUCACGGCGACUUCUGCCAUAAGCACGCUGACCCUCGCCUGGACACAUGACGAUUGGUCCAAGUCCCAGCUCUUGGGUCGAUUUCCCGUCUUUUGGAUUGCUGGACUCGCUGUCUGGAUCGUCUGGGCGGUAUGGGUAUAUCCAUUGCUCGUGUCGCCACUGCGACAUCUUCCAGGACCCUCUGGCAAUCAUUGGCUCAUGGGACAGUCCAAGAAGAUAAUGGCCGAGCCCUCUGGUGUACCGAUGCGACAAUGGGCCUCUGAAAUUCCGAAUGACGGAUUGCUAUGCUAUCGUGGCUUCUUUAAUCAGGAGAGAGUCAUGGUAAGCUCGCCCAAGGCGUUGGCUGAGGUUCUUGUCACCAACAGCUACGCCUUUCCGAAACCCAGUCACUUUCGAUGGUCUAUCGGCCGCAUCCUUGGAGUUGGUGUUUUGCUUGCUGAAGGCGAUGAGCACAAGAUGCAACGUCGUAGCUUAACACCCGCGUUUGCCUUUCGCCAUAUCAAGAACUUGUAUCCGGUGUUCUGGCGUAAAGCUCGAGAAGUGACACGGACAAUGAUGGCGGAGUUUGGCCAGCAAGAAGAGACGCAGGUGGAAAUCUCUGGUUGGGCAUCACGGGCAACACUCGAUAUCAUCGGCCUUGCUGGGAUGGGACGAGACUUUGGCGCCAUACAAAACCCGAACAACACACUGGCACAGACAUACAGCAAGAUCUUCAAGCCGUCCCGCCAAGCCCAAAUCCUUGCUUUCGUUGGCAUGAUCAUUCCCAUGGAGUUUAUCACCAAACUGCCUUUCCGUCGAAACGAGGACAUUGCCAAGGCUGCAAGCGAUAUUCGAGCAAUUUGCCGAGACCUUAUUCAGGAGAAGAAGGCCAAGAUGGCCAACAAGGAGCAAGCCGACGUUGAUAUCCUCUCGGUGGCCCUUGAGAGUGGUGGCUUCACUGACGAGAACCUGGUUGAUCAGCUCAUGACGUUCCUCGCUGCUGGACACGAGACAACGGCGUCAGCCAUGACUUGGGCAAUCUAUAUGAUGGCUCGGCACAGUGAUAUUCAAACCAGGCUCAGGGAAGAAAUACGAGAACAUUUACCAUCGGUAGAUUCAGAUGUCGACAUCACCAGCCUUGACAUCGAUCGCAUGCCAUAUCUGAACGCGGUGUGUAGUGAAGUUCUACGAUAUUACGCUCCUGUACCAUUGACGAUGCGCGAUGCUGCCUACGACACCACAAUUCUAGGACAGACGAUCCGCAAGGGUACUCGAAUUGUCAUUGUACCUUGGGCGACGCAUUUCGACCACGAUCUUUGGGGGCCAGAUGCAGAUCAGUUCAAUCCAGACCGGUGGCUAUCAGCAGGCGGAGAGAACAAGAUUGGUGCCGAUCGCAAGGCCGCAAGCGGGGGAGCCAACAGCAACUACGCGUUCUUGACCUUCUUGCAUGGGCCUAGAAGCUGUAUCGGAUCGAGCUUUGCAAAGGCUGAGUUCGCCUGUCUCCUGGCAGCAUGGAUCGGUCGCUUCGAGUUCUCGCUGGCGAAUCCGGAGGAGAUGGACGAGAAGAAUGUGGAAAUUCGGGGCGGUGUAACGGCCCGGCCCGCUAAAGGGAUGCACGUCAAGGUUAAGGUUAUCAGCGGAUACUGA